AGAGCCCCGCGGCGCCCGCGCCCCCCCCGGAGCCGCCGCCGAGCAGCGGGGUUGCCGCGCGCCGCACCCUGGGGGCCCAAUGGCCGACCUCUGGGCCCGCGACUUCCGGGGCGGCCCGAGGCCGCUGUACCCGUCGCGGCAGCCGGCCUCUCUGCUGGACCGCCAGAGCGUGUACAUUGAUCCUGAAGCUUGGCCUGAAGUGGUCAGGUAUGGCGCUGCUGGAGACAGGGCCGACACACCUGAAGAGCAGAUGAGAAGAUAUACGAAGCUGCCGAAUUUCGACCCAGCUUGCCGGGAGGUGAAUCCAGGCCUUGCGGAACAUCUUCUCGAGGACCCCGACAUAUUCAUUACCUGCAGCUUUGAUUAUACGAUCAAGACCUGGGACGCACAGACGUACGCGCCGCUGCAGACGUUCGAGGGCCACCAGGGGUUCGUCAACGCCGCCGUGCCCUACCCUGGAGGCC